AUGCUUUAUCGCCUGAGCCGUAUAAAUAGGCAAGCCUGGGUCGGUCCGAGCAGCACUGGCGAGCCGUUCCAACAUGUUGCAGCACAACUCGAGCUUGACCCUCCUCUUCGUCUGCCUCGUCUGCCUGGGCCGACUCGUCUCGGCCAGCUUCGACGAGACGGACAGGGCGACCGAAAGCAAAAUGGCCUUCUCCUGGGCUUUCCCCGGGCAUCAGAUGCACCCCGGCGCCUGGGGCGUCUGGCCGGGGGCGCCGGUGGCGGCACCGAAUGUCGCCCCGACCGGAAUGCUCGGACUCGACCUGGUUUCACAUGCGCCCGUUUUGCCCAAAUACUCCAUCAACCAUCAGGCCAUGACCUGGGGCAAGAGCAAGCCCCAACGAAGACCCUACGUCCUAGUGCCAGGCGGCUUCGUUGGCGUUUAACCAAUCGGCGACCGGCCCCCCGGACUCAGGCACUCCGGAGUCGAGCGGUCGUCGUGCUCGGACGCCGGUUCAACUCGACUCGACAACACCUGCGAUUGGGUGCUCGGCGGGUCACAGAUCGCGUGAGGCCGACCGCCCAACUCGGCCCCCUUGAGUCUGAAACGUCGCCCAGUGUACAUUCGCACCACAUGCAGCUCUGCUAUAAUCUAUGUCCACCAAAAAAGUAG